AUGGAGCUGUGGUUGAAAAUGUUGAGGGGAUUGGCAGAACGAAGAUUCAUUCCCCCGCCCCCGCCGAGGGUCCCAGCAGCACGCGGCGAGCAGAGGAGAGGCAAUGCCAGAGCAACCCAGCUUCGCAAAGGCUCUGUGCGCUCCGAGGCCCAUAGGCACCGGGCAGGAGCCCUCCCUGCUGCCAACGUGCCCAAGAGGAAGGUCAGCUUGGCCGAGGGUGCGGUGAAGGAGGAGUCCAAGAGGAGAUCAGCGAGGCUUUCAGCUAAGCCGCCUCCAAAAGUGGAAAGGAAGCCCAAAAAGGCAGCAGGAAAGGAGAAGUCUUCUGACAAAAAAGUGCAAACAAAAGGGAAAAGGGGAGCAAAGGAGAAACAAGCUGAAGUGGCUAACCAAGAAACUAAAGAAGAUUUACCUGCAGAAAAUGGAGAAACUAAAAACGAAGAGAGUCCAGCCUCUGAUGAAGCAGGAGAAAAAGAAGCCAAGUUUGAUUAA